CCUCCUCGGGCACGGGCUCGGGGCUCCCCUCGGGCUCCGUUACCGAGCCCAGCCGGAGCUGCCCGGUUACCGAACUCCCCGCGGGCCGCUCGCUGCGGGCUGAGCUGGGCAGGGCGGGGUGAGCAUCGCUCAGCAGGUCAUGUCGGUUCUUCCAGAUCUUCACCUGCAUUAUGUGCAGGCCUGUCAGAAUCUGAGCCAGCCUGAAAACCCCUUCAUUGCUCGUGUGCUUCAAGAAGCUGAUAAAAAUGAGGAAAUAAGUACAAAAGGAUUCACACUAAAAUUAGCUGGAAAUAAUCAUCUGGUGCCUGUGCCAAGAGUUACAGAUGAUGAUCUUGCAGUUCUUGUCUCUGUCUUAGACCAAGCUGCCUUUGUCACAGGUUUGGAUCUUGCCUAUAAUUUAUUGACUGAUGCUGGAGCAAAGACCAUAGCAACAUUCCUCCAGGAAAACUCCACUCUGCGGUACCUGAACCUGAUGUUCAAUGACAUUGGCACCAGUGGGGCAGAGCUGAUAGCAGGAGCACUCCAUAACAAUCAAAGUCUUGUGCACCUGAGAAUGACUGGAAACAAAAUAGGAAACCAAGGUGGGAUGUUCUUUGCUUCAAUGCUAGAAAUCAACUCAACCCUAGAGAAGUUGGAUCUUGGAGACUGUGAUGUGGGUCUGGAGUGUCUGGUAGAAACAGCCUUAGCCCUGACUCAGAACACAUCACUCAAAGCCAUAAACCUAAAUCGUCCUCUGCUAUCCAACCAAGAGGAAGAGACGACAGUUCACAUAGCUCAUAUGUUGAGGACUAAUUCUUCUCUUGUGGAACUUCACUUGGGCAAGCAUGAAAUGAAAACCUUUGGUGUAGAGCAACUGUGUGAAGCCCUGUAUGAAAACACCAGCCUGAGAUACCUUGACCUGAGCUGUAAUAACAUAAUCUGUGAUGGUGUGAAAUUUUUGGGAGAGCUACUAAAAAGGAACCAAACCCUGGAGAUCCUGGAUCUGAAUGCAAACCGCAUCGAAGAUGUUGGAGCCGGUUACCUGAGUGAGGCCUUGACAACGUGGAACAGGAGUUUGAAGGCGUUGUCCAUUGUAAGCAACAAUAUAACUGGCAGAGGACUUGUAGCUCUUGCACAAGCAGUGCAGUCCAACAUGAAACUUUCCCAUAUUUACAUCUGGGGGAACAAACCUGAUAGAAGCACCUGUUUGGCGUUCUCGGAGCUGAUCGAGACGGGCCGCCUGCAGCUGGGCUGCACAGAUGUGGUUCCCUACGAGGUGGAUGGGGAGGUUUUCCUGGCAGAGCUGUCCCAUGGGCUGGACAAGCACCGCUACUGGGCCCCGCGCUGCGCUGCCGUGGACCCCGACGCCGCCAACGCCAGCCUGCAAAUCGUCGCUGUCUCGGAGUAUUUGAAAUGCAUUCUUUUGAUCUUCCAACAGUGACCUUUUUUAAACCAAGGUAAGUGAACUUAAGCAUUUAGCCACAGCCAUGCUAGAAUUUAAAGGUUGUGAACAGGAAAUUUUGAUUAAAUUGUAGCACAUAGUUGUUUCUUAUACUACAAAUAGAAACCAUUACCAAACGUGGUGCCAUCAUUUCUUCUCAUCUCAUGAAAACUGCCUAAAAACUUUUGUAUCAUUAUAGCCCAGUGGCAAUUCCUACACAUAAGGCAACAUAUGCAUGUAAUGGUAGUUAAAUAUUGUUCAAUGGUUUGGAUAGACUUGUGUAAGUGUGGGAAUCACUCUGCUGGUUUCCUUCUUCCAUUCACUCUGCUCAUCCCCACAGAAGUUAAUUUAUGCUCUUUAAACAGAAAACCUCACCAAACAGCACAGCAGAGGCUUGCUCCAAGCCUUUCAUUAAUGCAAUCCUCUGCCCCUCUAAAUGUGCCUGUUAAAUAUUAGCAUAAAGCACCAGAAUGAUCUGUGACUCUAUGAACAAGACCAAAGCAUGAGGGGAAAGGGUAAGAAAGUAAUUUCAGUAAAAAUAGCUGGGUAGCAGCAAUGUAACUGCUGCUUUUCUGACUCUGUAUUAUCACUGUGGUGUAGGAACAGGAAGAUAUUUGGACACCUCCUUCCCAGCUGAAAUGACCAGGGCAGUUGUGAGAGCUGGUGUAGGUGGAGGUUUGUUGUUGUUUGGUUGGUUUGUUGUUUUUUUUCCAUUGCCCGCACCCCAAACACAAAUUACUCAGGCUCUUGCUCCAAGAGCCCCUGGUAUCCUCAGAGGACUUAGAGCUGAGCCCAGAGCAGGUGUUUGUUCUGCACACCUGCACAGGGCCCUCCCUGUGCAGCCACCCUGCUGAGCAAAGUCCAUACCCUGUGAACACCCAGCUCUAGAGAGGAGCUUGUAUUUUAACUCUUGUUCAACAGGAAGGAUGCAGAAACGAGAACUAAAGUUGGGGAUACAUCAAACAUGGUGGUUUGAGAAGAAUCUGCACACUAUGAGCAUUCCUAAAUUUUGAAAUCAUUAGAUAAGCAUGUGUUGGUACUUUUCUGAGUGCUGCUGCUCUGGAUCAGGUGACACUCUGACAGUGUCAAUACUGACACACUGGUGACAGAAUUUUUUGCUAGAAACAUCACUACAAGACUCAGGCAUUUUUUUCCAUGUAUCUUUCUUUCCCUUAUCAGGUAUAUGAAGUUCAGUCUAAUUUCACUGCUCAAAUUAAGUCUUAAUUUACUUGUACAAAUAAUAUUUGUUAAAAUGAGGUGGUAACAGGUACCCAGCUCUACUGACAGCAGCAUUUUGGCUUUAGUGAUGUGAUAAGAUAGCAACAAUACCACAGUAAAUAUAUAUCAGGUAAAACAGCAUCUAAAAGUGCUGACUGUAUGUGUUUGAAGUACUUGCACCCUAUCUGAACUCUUGUUUAAAAGCAACUUGUUCAGCCCAUAAAGCCCUCUUCAUUACUGACAACAUCCAUAAAAACAGCUCAUGUGUUAUGGUUUUCUUUGAUAUUCCUUUGUGAGAAAGGGCUGCAGAAUAAUUCCUACCAAAUUCUCUAUAAACAGCUUCCUGCAAACUAAAACAAUUAUGUGUGCAAAACCCUGUAUUGCUUAGAGGUCUGUGCUAGACACUUUUAUUUCUUCCUUCCUCUGACCUUGAAAUUCUUAGAAGAUAUAUGUUGUGUUCUUUGGAAUGAGAGAAUUUACAUAGGCUAGAUUUUUUUUAAAUUAUUCAGAAGCUAAAGCAAGCAUAAUCUUGCACUGAAAAACCAUUAAUUCAGCCUUUAGACCUCACUGCACCUUACUGAAAGGCAGCAUUUCCCCCCAGCUUUAGAGGGGAGGCAAAUGAAGGCAAGUGAUGAUCCAGCAGGGAGGAGGUGCAGCAGAGAUCCCCAAAUCCUGCUGUGUGCUCCAUGGUCCUCAUGCCAGAGUGGGGACAGGGGUUGUGUCUGACUGGUUCCCUCCUGCUUUUGUUGCUAUCCCCCUUGCAGUUAUAAACAGGAGACACAAAGGUGAGGGAAAAUUAUAAAACAAGUUUAUUAAAGUCUAACAUAAAACACUUCAGGCUAAAUAUGUACAACUCCCUCCCUUCCCAGGGGAUUAUAAAAUUGAGAGUUGAGGUAUAUA